AUGGAGACCCAUGGCGAGACAGAAUUAUUGGAGUGUCGACUCCGUACGGAGGACCUGGAGAAAUUGCAGACUCUAUUCCUGCCUGCGGGCGACUCGGGCCCGGCGGUCAGCCUGAGCCGUGAGGAGUUUGUGGAGCGGGCGUGGGCAGCGGUGGGCCGCGGCACGCGGGAGGAAUACACCCGUCUGUUCGAUAGCAUGGAUGUGUCUCGGGAGGGCUGGCUGGACUGGACGCGCCUGACCACCUUCCUGCUCCUGAAGCUGAGCGAGCAGGAUGAGCAGGCGCGGGCGGGCACGGUGCCCCGCUGGAGGCCUCCGCGGACGCUGCCCUCCCCCCACAGGGAGCCUGUCCAGGGGGUGGCGUUCCUGCGCAGCCCCAGCCGCUACCUCAGCCUCAGCAAGAACGGGAUGCUGGGGGUGUGGUGCGACGAGCUGGGCCUCCUCAAGAGCCUCCGGCUGACCAAUGAGUCCGUCAAGCCCAAGGACCUCUGGGUAACGGCCAUGGUGGCGCUGCCCAAUGUUCACAAGAUUGCGGUUGCCUUCACCAGUAAGGAGGUCUGUUUCUACGACCUGCUCUCCAAGCAGGAGUUCAGUUGUCAGUACAAACUGCAGGGUCUGAAGCACACGGCCAUCGUCCUGGACUACUGGUUCAACCCACAGGACCCAGACCAGGCUGUGCUGAGCUUUGGGGAUGUGGGAGGGAAGGUGAGUCUAGUCUGUUUCCGGACGGCUCAGAUUGCCCUGUUUGAGAGGCCCAGUGCCGCCGUGGAGCAGGACGCCACCGUGGCUAUCCAGUUGGCCGACCUGGCAGAGGGCCAGCACCGCUGCUGCUACACCACCGCACACACAGUCCACGGCCACAGCUGGGUCCGCAGAGUGAGGUUCCUGGGCCCGCUGGAGGCCGUCGUGUCCUGCACCUGGAGUGGCCAGGGCAGCCUGGUGUUGGCAUGGAGGGAGACAGAAGGCUCGCCCCUCAGGGUCACCCACUUCAACACACACACGGGCAUCACUGACCUGGACUUCCACCCUGGCCUCAAUCUCAUAGCCACUGCGGGCCUCAACAACCAUGUGUACCUGUGGAACCCUUACGUCACCUCCAAGCCCGUGGGCAUCCUGAGGGGUCACAUGAGCAGCGUGGUGGCUGUGCAGUUCAUCCUGGGAAAGAAACAGCUGCUCAGCUUCUCCAAAGACAAGGUGCUAAGACUGUGGGAUGCCUCCAGCCAGCUGUGUGUCCAGCGCGUGGCAGGCAUCUUCCCCAAGAGCCAGGAGUGCCAGACGCUGUUGUUCUUCCACGAGGAGCAUAGCCGCCUGCUCCUCUCCUUCAACAGCCAGCUCCUGCUGCUCGAGGCCAAGAAGGAAUCGGACAGGAGGCUGACGAGCCACGAGAGCCCGGUCACCUGCGUGCUCUACAAUGCCCUCUUCCGCCAGGUAAUAAGCAGUGAUGCCAGCUCCACUAUAACAUGCUGGCUCAUGGACACAGGUCAGAAGGUGAAGCAGUUUACCCGUUGUCAUGGCGACGCAGAGAUUUCCACCAUGGCCUUAGAUGGGACCCAGACUCGCCUGUUUACUGCGGGCACCGACGGACUGGUGAAGGUGUGGGACUUUAACGGGCACUGCCACCACAGGCUGAAUGCAGGGCGAGACCAGGCUGCUGAAGUCUCUCAGGUCCUGGUGCUGAAGAGGACGGUGCUGGUACUGGGCUGGGAGAGGACCAUCACCGUGUUCAGGCCAGGCAGUUUCUCCAAGUUCUUUGUUCAGCCGUCAGAGUGGAUAGGAGGCGUUCAGCACCAUGACGACGUGCUAUGUGCAGCCUUCCGGCCGCCGCAGACUCUGGUCACAGGGAGCUAUGAUGGGGAGAUCAUAGUAUGGAAUAAUAGCACGGAGAAUGCCCUGCGCAAACUCCGGCCAGAUGGCCAGCUGGGUCUCAGAUCCAAAUCAGGUGGUGUGCUGCUCAGGGCUAAUCGGUCAGCAGCUUCGGGCCUCAAGCAGCCCUCUUCUCCCUCUGACUCAUCGCUGCCACCGCAUGCUGGACAGGAAGGCCGGGAGGACUGCCAGGCUAUCACUAGGCUCUUCUUCCUGGAGCGACAAAAAGGGCUUGGGCCAUUGUUCCUAGGUGGGGCAGACCUGGUGUCGUGUGGGAUGUCUGGCCAGGUGAGGUUCUCGAACACUGCCCAGUGCAGCCUGGUGGCUGAGUUCGUUGCCCAUAAAAGGUCAGGGUCCAUCAUUCUGACUGUGGACAGAACUGGGAGGUACCUGGUGACAGCAGAUGUGCACGGAGGAGUGAAAGUCUGGGAUUUACAGGACUACUGCCUUCAGGCCAGUGAUGGAGUACUCAAACAAGCCCCCGAGCUCCUGUCCAGUCUCCGGCCCCACAUGGACUGCGUCACUCACCUGGAGACCUGUGUCCAUGGCGACCAGCUCUUCCUCCUGUCCACAUCUACAGAUUGUACUGUGGCCCUUAGCUACUUGCCAGGACAUUGUGUGGGGAUAUUUGGACAGGAGGAGCACUGGCACCUUGGCAGGACAGAGUGCACCCUCCCAACAGAGGUGGAAGAUGGAGAACUAGAGGAGGGUGAGAUGGCCAAGUCAUCUCUCACUCCUCAAGGGUCUCAUGGGCACCACAGUGCUGAAGGCUCAGGAUCCCAAGACUCUGCUCUCUUGGGUGAAGAUGCCACUCCAGCAGAGGAGAAAGAUCACGGCCAUUGGGUUAGAAAUGUUUUGGUGUAUGUCAAGCGGAAAAAAUCAGAUGCAGUGAAGCAGACACAAAAACCACAUGCAAUCGUUCGCAUCCAGGGGUGA